GAAGAAUAAUUACAUAUACAUAGUUAAACCCCGGCGACGUCUUAGUUGGUCAUCCGACGAGAGUCGGGGACCACCUUCGAUUUUCUCAUUAGCAUCGAUAGCCAACCAGUCGACACUUGUGCGGCGCGGAAUUAUGAGAUCUCGCUUCCUGCCAAACUUCUGACUUCUAAAGUAAGAUCAAUUGAUCCAUUACAUUUCUAAUCGGCCGGAGAAUCGUUGCGCAGUCGAAGGAUCAGAGAAUGUGUUCCUCUUCGUUUGGUCUUGCUUUGCUGACGAUAGUCUGGCUCUCACAGCUAAAUGUCUCAUCAGCGAAUGAGGAAAACUGCCACUUCCGGCACCUGCAAUUAGAUGGAUUUGAGCGCAAGUGCGAGUUCAGGGAACACGAUCGCCUGCUCGUUUGCUUUCACACUGUCGACGAUAAAUGGAAAUCCGGCGGUGAAAAUGUGACAACUUUGAUCCUCUGCCAUUGGUCCCUGGAGAAGUUCGAUCCCGCGCUCGAACUGCACGGAUUCCCUUCCUUGAGAAAAUUGGUAAUUGCCAAUGGCAGUUUGCUUGAACUCUCGUCAACGUUCCCACCUGAAACUCGACUGCUAGAGACGAUCAAGGUGACCGGGACCAAGCUACAAAAGCUGCCCGAUCGCGUAUUCUCCAACCUGAUUAACCUGAGGACUCUCGACCUGAGGAACAACAACAUUGACGACGCUAACAUGACAGCGCUCGACAGUCCUUCCUUGCGUCACGUUUAUCUGUCCGGUAAUCCCUUAAAAUGCGACAAGAAGACGAAGUGGAUACUGGACCAGAGAAAGGGUUCCCUCAGCCAUAAAAUCGCCGAUAAGAAAAGCCUUCGAUGCACCGCGCCUUACGAGAACAGACCGCUGCUCCAAGUGGUCGAAAUAAUCGAAAAGCUCGCGGAGGAGUGCAAGAGGACGGUGUGCGAGUGCGAGCUGGUGUACGUUGUCGGCCAAGGAGGGAAGCACAUCCAGAGGCAACUGAUGGCAUUCGCUGCGGUGAACUGUAGUCAUCGUGGACUGAUCGAGAUGCCUGGCUUCUUGCCGGAGAACACGACUACUCUUCGGUUGACUGGAAAUAAGAUACAAGAUCUCACACCACUUACGACUAAUCCAGUGUAUAGAGGAGUGAUAGAUCUCUACCUGGACGACAAUCAGAUCGAGAGCAUCGUCCAGCUGGAGGGAUCAAGCUGGGUGGACCACUUCCGGUUAUUCAGUCUUCGUGGGAACAAGCUGACCGAUCUGCCCACGUAUGCUCUGCAAAACGUGUUACAGCAGAAUGGAAACGCCGUGAGUCUGUAUCUUGGGAACAACUCGUGGCGUUGCGACUGCCUUUUCACGCCUGGCUUUCAGGAUCUUAUUAUCAAAUACGCUAACCUUGUGAAGGACAUCGACGACGUUAAGUGUUCGUUGACAAACGGGGACGACAAUAAUGGGAAAAUCAUACGGGACCUAACGCGCACGGAGAUCUGCGCGCUGCCGGACGACGACCCUUGGAUCAAUCUCUUAGACAUCAUCAAUAUCAUACUAGCGUCCCUGACGAUACUCAUUAUCAGCAAGCUGAUCUACGACUACUGGUGGUACAAGAAAACUGGGAAACUGCCUUGGAUCAUCACAAAGAUGCCAUAGGAAACAGACAGCAGGGGUCAAACAGUUACCUUUGUACUCGAUCUUUGGCCUUGGCAGUAACGACGGUACAGUUCCUCAGCGGCUGACUUUUUCGCAACGCAUUCCCGAACGCCUCGACCUGUGUUGGAAGAUCACGAAUAAAAGUCUCGAGAAAGAAAUCCUCGAUUAACCCUUUGCACUCCAGGGUUAACACGUUAAGCGCCAUGUCAGUCACUGGUGACUGACGCUUCCGAAUGACUAAAAAACAAUCGUAACAUACAAGACAACCGAUGUGAAAUAAAAAUGUUUAAUAAGGCA